AUGCAACAUAUUGCCAACGGAAUGCUCUUUCCUAAUACUGGAAGCGAAUUCGAAAAGAUUGCUUUCCUCAUUAAGCUCUUAGAUCUCAAAGGAGACACAUCCAAAAUCACACUCAAGACAAUGGCAGGAGGAAUAACAAAUUCUGUAUACAUGUUAAAGACUCCUACAAAGAAAUCUAUUGUCAGAAUCUACGGAAAUAACACAGAGCAAAUCAUUGAUAGAGUUUCAGAACAAGCUAACAUCAGAAAAGCUAAUUUAAUCAAAAUUUACGCUAGUUUUGAUAACGGUAUGGUUUGCUCAUUCCAAGAAGGCAGAACAAUUGAUGUACCAAUGAUGUCUGACCCGCUCAUCUCAGAUAAACUUGCUAGAAAGCUUGCUUUGUUACACAAAUCCACAUAUUUUGAAAACAAUACAAAGAAUAUUGUCUUUGACCGUAUCUUGAACUUUAUCAAUAAGACUAAUCCAGAAUUUGAGAAGAAUGGAAAGAAAGUCGACAUCGAAGCCUUAUUACACACAUUCUCCAUUUUAAAGAACGAAAUCACUGCUUUAAUGCGAAACCGCCCUCUUGCUCUUACCCACAAUGACCUUCUCUCCGGCAACAUCCUCUGGGAUGGCGAAGAUGUCGGUUUUGUCGAUUAUGAGUAUUCUGGCUAUACAUGGCCUGAAUAUGAUAUAGCCAACCACUUCCUUGAGUGGUGCGGGUUCGAGCUUGAUCUUACUCGUUUCCCAUCCUAUCAGCAGCAAAUUCGUUUCAUUAAGAUCUAUUUGACAAAUCUUUACGGCAAGGAACCUGAACAGAAGGAAGUAGAGCAGUGGCAGACCCGUGUUGAUAAGCUCGUACACCUCUCCCAUUUGUUCUGGGGCUCAUGGGCUUUCUUCCAAGCUGCCAAUUCAUCUGUUAACUUCCCAUAUUUCGAAUACGGUCUCUGGCGUAUAAAGCUUAUUAACUUUAACUUGCCACUCGAAGAAGGACAUCCACUCCUCAAGAAUCAAUUAGUUACUGUCAACUAA